AUCGUGUUUUCACCGUGUAUUUGCGUGUCUCGUAGUUUUCGCUGAUUUUAGACAAAAAGUAGCCAAAUAUCACUGGCUAACAGCUGUGGCAGUUUGAAAAACGUAAAAUUAGAUUCUCCGACUUCAGGGUACACCUGAUAAAAGCAAAUUUUCGCAGGCAUUCGGUAAGUGAAAACUGAAAACACCACUAGUGGAAGUGGGCAAGAUGGCUGACCAAGAUGCCAACGGGUACAACGACGAAGCAAGCGAUUUCAAGCGCAAAAACAAAAAUCAAGACCAAGACCAGGAGGACGAUGAACAGGAAAAUCAGCAGCAAUCGCAGAAGGCGCAGGAGUACAUCAAGGGCAUGAUUGCCGAGCGGAUUUCGAUGGACCGUAAAUACCCGAUCGCCGACCGGUUGCUGGAAGUGGAAAUUGAAAAUGUGCAGAGGACCGGUAAACCACCGGCACGUCGUUAUAUUGAUAUUUACCGGGAGAAGCAUAUUAAGGUUACUGUGAAGAUUCUGGUUCCGAUUAAGGAGCAUCCGCGGUUUAAUUUUGUUGGUAAGUUACUGGGACCGAAGGGAAACACACUGAAGCGGUUGCAGGAGGACACGAUGUGCAAAAUGGCAAUCCUCGGGCGCGGUUCAAUGAAGGACCGCAAGAAGGAAGAGGAGCUGCGUAACGGGAUGGAUCCGAAGUAUGCCCACCUGAAUGACGACCUGCACGUCGAGGUCAACGCAAAUGGGCCACCGGCCGAGGUGCACGCCCGGAUCGCGUACGCGAUGGCUGAGCUGCGCAAAUAUCUCAUCCCGGAUAGUAACGAUUUUAUCCGCCAGGAACAGAUGCGUGAGCUGAUGGAGGAUGCCGACAGUGAAGUUCCACCGAAGAGGCCUUUCAAGAAGCCACCGGUACAGAUGGAACCACCGCCACCACCGGCCAUUGCCGUCACCCGUCCCGUACCGGCGCAGAAGAAAGUGCUGUCCAUUUUGGAUAAGGCGCGAGCCGCAAUGGAAGAUACGCACGGACCACGGCCUAUUGCGCCACAACGCUACGAAGAGCCACCGUACGAGCACGGAUACGAACCGAGCUAUGCGUACCAUCAGCCAGGACCACCGCCACCACCACGUCCGAAAUACGUACCACCAGAGGCACCAGAAUACGACCAGGAGUACCGCCGUGAGUACUAUCGCGAACCGGUGCCCUAUGCAGCCGCCCCGAAGCCGGCCCCAGUGAGCGCCGCCGGCCGUCCGUGGAAGCCGACAUCGUACGCAAUGCCACCACGAACCGCCAACCCCGAGGAGGUCCCGAUCAAGCACGGUGCCCGCGAAGCUGUGCCCCGGUAUCGCCACGCGCCGUACAGUCGACCCACGAAUUAUUAGACGAUCGAAGAUCGCAAACAGCAACAUUGUAACAACAUUCGACCAGCAACUGAAAAACAUCCGACGGGCAGCCGCGGAGUGGCCCGUUCAUUUUUCACGCUCGCUUUGCUGAAACUUCCUUUUUUUCCUUUGAAUGAAACAACUAAACGUACUGGCCGCGCCAAUGACCCUAAAACCGAAGCAGUUCCGGCUAAGCGGUGUGUGAAAAUAGUUGGCUCUGUGGCGGCUCCGUUGGUCUGUGAACAGAAAUCUGGUCGAAUUUGGUUGUUUUGUGGACAUCUCACCUUUGAGCAGAAUAAGAGGUAUAAGAGGAGCAGCACCGGCGACGAACGAAACUAGCAGAAGCGGUGCGGCGGAGCCGCGUAUCGCAGUAGGAGAUUCAACAACUUUAACUCAACAGAUAAAACAGAACACAAAAGAGACAACGGUUUAAUAAUAACGCUAAACGUUUGGCAGUAAUUUGAACAUUUAAUAGUGUUGCAAUAAAGGCACAGAAAUAAUAUCACAAUACAAAACCCCUUACACACACGAGCCAAGUUGUGUUAAACUAAAAUACAAUACGCAUAUAAAAAUGUUUUGAAAACAAAAAGAAAUAACUUAAUACACAAAACUCUCGAACAAACGCCUGAAUUGACGAGAUUAAGAUUUAGCUCAAACAAAAAAAAAACAGUAAACAUUGUAAAACUUGUCGCUUAAAAUAUUACACGCUCGAGCAAGAGUAAUUGUCUUUAAAGAAACAUAAAAAAGUAUAUAUUAUAAAAUUAUAAACAACUUUUAAUGCUGAUAAUUAACUAUAAACCUUUUUGAUUUGAAGGAAUACUUGAAACAAUUGUAACCAAAACACAGUUAGUCCUCAUUUAAUACUGAGAAAGAGAGAAUUUUACUUGCUAGGUCAGGUACGAUUUGUUAGGUAGUUUAGUUUAAAAACUUCUUCAUUUGAAAAGAAAAACAUACUAGAAAUAAAAGAAACAGUUUUUUGUAACUCUUAAAAUGGGACUUCCUGAUAUGCAUUCGUAAUCGUUCUGCCAACGAAGAAGAGCCACCAAAUUAUGCAUUAUAAUAAACGUAACAGUUUGAGAGUAGUAAACCACUAUUUGAGGGAAAAAAGAAGGCUUUUCGGCAAACCGAAUUAAAUAUAAAUUAGGUCUAAUAUGAUUCAAAUAAAAAAAAAUAUUUGUCCAAAAAUAAUACAUUUAAACCAACUCAAACAAUGCUGACAAAAGAAGUAAUCACUAUAAACCUGCAUACGGGGUAACUUUUAUGGCAUAAUAUCACCCAGCUAAUAAAUAAUCGCAAACUUAUGUAAAACGAAAGGAAAAUGUAACAAUUGCUAAAAUAAAAAUAAAGUCUCCUGCAUCUGGCAAAACUGAAACGUUCUUGAUGAUUUAAGAAGCCUAAUCCACCAUCUAACAAAACAAUUCGUCACA